AUGUUGAACUGGGAGAUUCGCAUUUCUCUCCUCUUCGUUGUCUGCUUCGCUUCUGGCCAGACGCAAUUCCGCAAGUCAUCACUGGACACUUCUACCGGCACUCUGAUUCACAGAGCCUUACCAAAUGCGCCUAAUGGAUAUACACCAGAAGACGUACAAUGCUCGUCGCCUAAUCCAACCGUGCGAAUUGCGGUAAAUAUUAGCGAGGACGAAAUGAAUUGGUUACAGAAGCGCCAGGACAAAAGGUUGAAGGCGAUGCACACCUUUCUGACCCGAAUGAAAAUUCCGAACUUCAAUGCUACCCAAUAUUUUGCAAACACUCAGGCCUCAUCUCUACCCAAUAUCGGGAUCUCGUUCUCAGGAGGCGGCUACCGAGCAUUACUCAACGGAGCUGGGGCAUUUGCUGCAUUCGAUGAGCGCACGAGUAACUCGACUGCGCCAGGCCAUCUAGGUGGAUUGGUGCAAUCAAGUACGUAUAUCUCUGGGCUUAGCGGUGGCUCCUGGCUGGUCGGAUCAAUUUAUACGAACAAUUUUACUACCGUGACUACACUGCUGAAUUCUAAUGCCAGUGGUGUUUGGGAAUUUGAUCAAUCAAUCUUAAGCGGACCUACAGGUGAUGCAGGCUACUUUCGGCAACUCCGACAAACUGUAGAUGGGAAAGAUGAGGCUGGAUUCCCUGUUUCAAUUACUGAUUACUGGUACGAGAUUACUCAUUUCCCACUCAAGUUCCUUCACAUCUUUGGCAAUGUCCCGCCCCCGGCUGUUGACUGGGAGGGUCGCGGGCUGUCCUACCAAUUGGUUAAUGCUACUGAUGGUGGGCCUGCAUAUACGUGGUCAUCUAUCGCUUCAACGGCUGAAUUUCAUGAUGGAAAUGUGCCAAUGCCGAUUAUUAUCGCGCUUGAACGAGCGCCUUCAGAGCAGAAUCUUACAUUAAAUUCAUCGGUCUACGAGUUCAACCCAUGGGAAUUGGGUACAUGGGACCCAACAACAUACGGCUUUAUGCCACUCAAAGUUCUGGGGUCGAAUUUCACAAAUGGCAAGUUAUCAAAGGAUGUUUGCAUAUCUGGGUUUGAUAAUGUGGGGUUCAUCAUGGGCACAUCUUCCUCUUUGUUUAAUCAAGCCCUGCUUCAAAUCAACAACACCGAUAUUCAACGUACGUUGAAGAGCCUCACUACCUCACUUCUACAAAGCCUCAAUGACUCGUCAAACGACGUGUCAGUAUAUGAGCCCAAUCCAUUCUUCGGUUUCAAUAAAGCGAGCAAUCGGAAUGCUCAAGCAAAAGCUCUUAUCCUUGUCGACGGGGGCGAGGAUCUGCAAAAUAUUCCCUUUUACCCGCUCCUACAAGCCAAUCGCAAGGUCGACGUUAUUUUCGCCAUUGACAGCUCGGCAGACACACCGACACGGUGGCCCAACGGGACUAGCAUGGUGGCAACAUAUCAGCGCAACAGUAACUCUUCAAAAAUUGCGAAUGGGACUGCGUUUCCCUCCGUUCCAGAUCAAAACACCUUUAUCAACCUAGGGUUGAAUGGGCGGCCCACCUUUUUUGGCUGCGAUCCAUCUAAUAGUACAGGGAAGCCUCCAGCUCCUUUGAUCAUCUACAUUCCAAAUUACCCAUAUACCUACAUGUCGAACAUCUCGACGUUGACACUUGAAUUUAACGACACUGAACGGGACAAGCUGGUACUGAAUGGAUACAACGUGGCUACCAUGGGAAACUCGACAGAAUGGGGCAUUUGCAUGGGUUGCGCGAUCAUUAGUCGCAGCUUACAUCGAACUAAUACGUCGGUACCAAGUUCGUGUGUGGAUUGUUUCAACCAAUACUGUUGGAAUGGCACGGUGAAUGCGACUACCCCAAAUAUUUAUGAACCGCCUCAGAGGAUACAAUAA